AUGUACCUGUUCUCAUUGCAUUUUCCACCCACCAUCGAUCUCUCGCACACAAAAUUGUCAAAAGCAGCAACUCAACUUAACCUUAAACUUAAACCCGUCCAUGUUCCUUUCUCUUUAUGGCAUUCUUUAACACUCUUCUCUCCUCCUCUUCCUCCAAUAUCUUUCUAUUCAUCUCUCUCCUCAUUCUCCUCUUUUCUACACUUUCCCUCUCCUCUUCUUCCAUCCAUGACCUUCUUCGUUCAAAAGGGUUACCAGCUGGUCUCUUACCAGAAGAAGUAAAGUCCUACACUUUCUCACAAAAUGGUCACUUAGAAGUGUUCCUUGAAUCACCUUGUUUAACAAAGUAUGAAAACAGAGUAUAUUUUGAACAAGUAAUCACUGCUAAUCUCACCUAUGGAAGCCUCAUUGGUGUUGAAGGUUUACAACAAGAAGAACUUUUUGUUUGGUUACCUGUUAAAGAUAUCAUUGUUGAUGAUCCUUCUUCUGGGUUGAUUCUCUUUGACAUUGGUCUUGCUUAUAAACAACUUUCUUUCUCUCUCUUUGAUGUUCCACCUCAUUGUAAAACUCAAGGGGUGCUGAAGAAUCAUGUGAGGAAGGAGAAAAUAUUUGUGGCACUGAGCUAGAAAAAGAUGCCAAUCCUGUUUUUAGGCUUCAAUUAAUAUUGUAUAAUUUUUUUUUUCAAUGUCAUGUUUAUAUACUUUUAUGGGCUUGAUAUAAUUAAUGGAUUUUUUCCUUCAAAUAAAAAAAUAAUUAAUGGAUUUUUCGUGCCAUUGUUGAA